AUGCAGUCACAGCAACAUGCAGAAGAGGGGCACACAUCAAAUGGCUCCAGGACAAUGUUCUCAGGGGAUGGAGGGAUCUCUUCUGCAGAACACAUUCUUAUUUCUCCAGAAAUGAGUCAUGAAGUGGUGGUCAUCUCCCCUGGCCUCCCCACUCCUCCCCUGAGCCCGUAUCACUCUGCGAGACUUCCAUCUGGAGAGUACAAGGUGCCGGAAGUCAAUGGAAGUGGUUCAGCUCCUCUAAGUUUUGGAUCCUACUAUGGCCCAUCAAAGACAAACGGAGGCCUAAGCAAUGGCACCAGGAGCUCCACCACUUUACCUCACAGCCGGACGCCCACCAGAGAAGAAAGACUGAUCAAGUAUUCUGGAAUUGGUCCUGUGGAUGAGACCGGAAUGCCAAUCGCCUCGAGAUCAAGUGUGAACAAGCCCAGAGACUGGUACAAGAGCAUGUUCAGGCAGAUCCACAAGAAGCCAGAGGAGUCAGAUUUUGAAGAUUCAGAGCGGUGGUCACCUCAAGUAAUCGACCAAGAAAACACAGAAAACAACAAUGAAAUAGACACAAGUCUCUUCAGACUGACACCACAUGGGGCUUUACCAGACUGGAGCGCGGACGUAGAUAAGACCACAGACAAGCAACCACGCCAGCCAAAGAGUAUCUUCGACUAUGAGCCCGGACUGAACACCGCUUCUGAGACCAACCAGCAGACCUAUCUACCUGUAUCCCCAAAGAAGGAGCCGGAACAACUAAAGCCACCUUCAAUUGAGGACACUCUUGUCUCUGAGCUGAGCCGAUUUGAGGCCGAGCUGGACUCCGAGAUCCAGGGCCUGGAGAGGAGACUGUCCCAGAAGAAGCAGAAGCAGCAUCCUGCCCGGGGUGAGGAGCCCCAAGGAAGACACCUGACGACAGCACCAAAGACUGAUACUGAUAACCAUUUAUUUUCAUCAAGACAGCCAAACCAGCGAUCUGUGGGAUCUUCCCCUGCCUCGACUCCUUCAUAUGAUCGGCUUUCUCCUGCAAAUGAAAUCAUGGCCCUCCCACCAAAGAAGGAAGAAAAGAAGAUGAAAGCAGCACGAACCAAGUUUAAUUUUCAAGCGCAGUCGCCCAAGGAGCUCACAUUGCAAAAAGGGGACAUUGUCUACAUCCAUAGACAGAUAGAUGCCAAUUGGUUUGAAGGAGAGCAUCAUGGGAGGGCUGGCAUUUUCCCUACAACUUAUGUUGAGGUCUUGGCUCCAACUGAGAAACCCACUCCCAUUAAGUCACCCACGUUACAAGUGUUGGAUUAUGGAGAGGCUGUGGCGCUAUAUAAUUUCAAUGCAGACUUACCUGUUGAACUGUCUUUUCGUAAGGGUGAGGUCAUCAGUAUCACCCGCUGCGUCGACGACAAGUGGCUAGAGGGCAGGAUCUCAGGGACAAAUCGUAGCGGCAUUUUCCCGGCCAAUUACGUGCAGGUCAACAAGAUGCCCCGCACAAAAUACAGCACAGACGACCCCUCCUCUGGUCCCCUCUCCCCGGGACCCCAGAGCCCGGGACGGCCUCUGUACUCACCACGAUCGCCCUUGUCUCCUUUUACACCCAACUCCUUAAGCCCCAGACCAGACCAUUCCCCACUGCAGCAAACGUCACCUGUCCACUACGGAAGCCCACAGUCACCUCGCUCUCCUUCACAAACGCCUGUCCCUAAAGACGCUUAUAGGUGGCCGAAUCACAGCCUGAGAACAGCGUCACCGACUGGACCCAACGGUCAAUGGACACUAAACCACAGCACUACACCUCGAGCUGUCUCACCCUCCACUCAGUCGCCUGUGCACAGAGCCACAACUUCACCAGCUUCAAACACUCCCAGGCACUUUGAACGUACACAGGGAGGAACAAUACGUCAAACUGCUCCCAACAUCACACUAUCACAUAUACCAAAUAAUGCAGGGUCCCCAGCGGUGCCCCGUCAACCGUAUAAAGCUGUUUACAACUACAAACCACAGAAUUCAGAUGAAUUGGAGCUGCGAGAAGGCGACAUAGUGCAAGUGAUGGAGAAGUGUGACGAUGGCUGGUUUGUAGGUACGUCAGAAAGAACUCACGCUUUUGGGACAUUUCCUGGAAACUAUGUAUCUCCAGUGUGGAGGACUCCGUGGGCUGUUGCGUCCAACAAUAAGAUUCUGAGUUUGCUGAACAUUUGUUGCGAUGUCGCUGAUUGUGAACCUGACUGGCCCUUCUCCGUGGGGUUUCCGAAUAUACGGAGGCAGAGACUUCAAGAAGGCAAUAACUGUAUCAAAGGUGAAUCAGGGCAGUAA